AGUCAGUAUACGAUCUCUUUCAUUUAAUAGUGUUUACUCGACCGCUGAAGAACACAUUUACUACGUUUAAAAAUAUAUGUUAUAAAAAUGGGUAUUAGUUUAUACUAUACGCCGUUAAGUCCUCCAGCUAGAGCUGUUAUUAUGACGGCUGAAAUUUUGGGAAUAGAUCUUGACAAGAAAUUAGUGGACAUGGGCAAGGGAGAACAUUUGUCUGAAAAAUUUAAAAAGUUAAAUCCUCAACAUACACUUCCAACUUUAGUGGACGGAGAGAUUGUUAUUUGGGACAGUCAUGCAAUUAUUACAUAUCUAGCAAGAAAAUAUGGAAAAGAUGAUUCCUUAUACCCUAAAGAUUUUGCCAAAAGAGCAUUGGUAGAUCAGAGACUCCAUUUUGAAGGCAGUGUAGUUUUUCCCACCAUCAGGCAUAUUGUGAGAUCAAUGUUAUUUAAAGGACAAAAGACAAUUACCCAAGAACAGCUUGACAACGUAAACGAAGCUUUAAAUUUUCUGAAUACAUUUUUAGAAAAUCAACAAUUUGUGGCUGGAGAUACACUUACCCUAGCGGACAUAAGUUUGAUUUCAUCAACAGCCUCGAUAAAUACAUUUUUGCCGAUUGAUAAGGAAAAAUACAAGAAUGUUUGUUUUUGGAUGGAUAAAAUUUCCGAAUUACCUUUUUUUGAGGUUAACGUUGAUGGGUUGAACGAUUUUAAAGGUUUUAUGGGACAUUUGAUGUCUUAAAACGGAUAUCUUUUAGUGGUUUAUGAGGUAUACCUACCUAUACAAAAU